AUGUCCGCAUCACUCGCCCCAGAAUGCAAUGAAAUCAAAGAGUGGGUGCUCCUUGAACCAAUUAUUGAACCAGAGAUGCUAACCCUGUCUAGGCGCUACGAUACCUGCUUUUUAAAGUGGUAUAGCGAAAAGUACCUUCGCGGUGCCGAAAGAGACAACAAGGAGUGCGAGUCUCUUUUCAAGCAGUAUCGAAAAUGCUUAGGUGUGGCGUUGAAGCAACGCGGCAUCGACAAGCUGCUGAACGAAGCCCGGGAGGACAACAAAGAGAAUGACGCGCGGCUCAUACAGCCAAAGAAGAUAUUAAUAGUACCUAUACGCGACAACGGUGUAUCACAUCCUGCCGCGCAAUUCUCGAACCAGCUUUCGACUGACGACGAACCGCCUCCCACCGCCACGAGACCCCUCCCCCCCUCGAUCCCGCGCGCGACUCCUAUCCCUUCUCAAUUCUCGGCAUGCACACGCUGGGACCUCGUGACUCGCUUAUAUGAGCUCGCUAUUUUUGCGUGGGAAUAUCAAGUUGCCACCAAUAGCAUCUUGGCCAUGGUGGAACAUGAUGGUUUGAUGCGCGUAUUUUGGCCGACAGACAUUCCCUCGUCCGAUCGCCCGGGUGUAGUCGUUGGCUGGCGCAAUUCAACCCUUGACGUUUUUGUUGUUGCCAUCCUAGACGACGUGGAUCCUCGCAACGUCGAAAUCCACCUCAGAUCCAACACAUUCUUCCGUGGCAGCCCUCAUUCUCCCAAUCGCAUUUAUGAGCUAUGUGGGCACUUCUCCAUGCACGUACUAGGGGUGUCGAAUACGACAAACUAUGCCUUGGUUGAUCCAUCAUGGGUCUGCGCUACGACCCGUACUUCCCGUGAACCUCGCAUUAAUUGUGCCAAGGCCUCGAGUAUACAAUUGAUUCUAUACGACCGACCACGACCGAAAGGCAUGCAAUAUAUCUCUCUCAACCCUAUUUCACUCGCUCUGGGUGAUAAGUGGUACGCCGUUGAUGAUAGUAGAGGUGAUGGGUCAGAGGGUGAGGAAGAACAUCGCGAUAGGAAGCACAAGGAGGCCAAGCUUAAGUUGGUAAACAAGCUCAAGCAGCACUCGAUUAUCAAUCGACCCGCUUCCGCACGAGACAAGGCACUCGAAAAGGUUGUCCACCAGGUCAACUGGUCGUGGGAGCUCGAGCAGACUUUGCAAAAGAACGUGAGCAGGCUUGGACCACGCCCGAAACGAGGUCUUAGUGUGUCGGAGAGGGUUGUCGAAUCUACUACAGCGGUUCGGAACUACAUUCUCAUGCAGUUGUGGAAUGCGUUCGUCGUUUAUGUCUUUCCUUUUCUCCGAAAGGGCUUUGUGAUGCUGUUAUUCCUUCAUCGCGCCAUGGCAGAGAUGCUCCUCACUGUACUUGAAUUUCGCAUCAAGCCAGGCUACGCGGCAGUGAAGGACGUAUCUGCAACUGCGCAGCAGAUCGAAAUCCGCCUGCUGCAGUUUUGCUACUGGCCGAUGCAGUACCUUACGCUUCGGCAGCGCAAGAUGGACUGGGCAAGCGUAACCACGAGCCACCCGGAUUACAUUCGUUUCUACAACAGUCUCUGGCUUGUUGCCAAUGACGUCAUCAUCGGAAUUGCCAUUGGGUCUUACAUUAUAGAAAAUGCGGAUUGGGUGUCGAUGCAGAUCAACGACUUGUUGCGCGUCUAUACCGUUAACGCUUUGCAGAGUAGUAUUUCCUGGCUCAUGGGAUGGCCCGCGGGGCUCAAGCUCAAUGGCGAGCUGGCAAGCUUCUUGGGUGCUCUGUUUCUUUGGGUGAUUACGUAUUGGUCGAGCUGCAUCGAUGCCCUCGCACCAGCACUUCCCAAAGUGGUUUGGUUUAUUGGCUUUUCUUCCUUUGCAGGCGCCACUCGUAUAUACCACUGGCAGCUGACGAUAUUGCAAUCACUAUUCCAUCUCUUCCGCGGGAAGAAGCACAACGUCCUUCGCAACCGUAUCGAUUCCUGCGACUACGAUCUCGAUCAACUUCUCGUGGGCACGAUUCUGUUCACGCUCCUCUCGUUCUUGCUACCAACCGUUGGCGUUUUUUACAUCAAUUUUGCCAUUGCCCGCAUGACUCCCGGCGACUACCUGGUAAGACUGAUCGGGCUUUACGGUGCGCAGUACAAGCUAAUCGAUCCAGGUGGCAUCCGAUUUGAACUACGUGACGCUUACGAUAAUAAAGCACUUACCCUUCAUGUUCAUGAACCUCCAACGUCGGUUAUUCGCCUCAAGUCGGUUCCUCUAUCAUUCAAGGCCAUGUUCAAUCAAUACUUUCAGAUGGCUGAGCGAAUUCGAAAACACUAUCUCUCACCGCGCGUCUUCCUGUGUCUGUUGACAGGACAGUUUGUGCCGCCUAUCAACCGGCGCAACCUGUACAGCCUUCAAUACAGCAUGCUCCCAGCCCGACGAGCGACCAUGUGGGAAAUGUGGCAAGCGAUGAAUGCAGAGACGCAGCAAAAUAAGCCGUUCCAGCUCCCGAACAUACCACCAUUAACAAACGGUGGCGGCCGGCGGGGCGAGUCUUUUGCGGCACGUCUAGUCAAAUCGGCCGUCUUAACCAUGUCGCUGUCUAUCUCUACUGUGGCUGGAGAACGUCAAGAAGCCAUUGACCACAUUCUUGCGGGAAUUUCAAAGCUUCAGAAUGACGUCGCUGACGUCGCUGACAAGACACCGGCCUAUGACCGGAAGCAAUAUUCAGAGGGGCUGCAAGAAAAGCUGAGCGAUACUACUACUGCGCUCGCGCCCAAGUCUCGAUUUCAGUUCAAGCGCACUGUAAAGCACGUCGACAUGGGCGCGCCGGAGAAUGAUCCCCGUCUACUAUCCGGAAGCUUCUCACGCAACCAGCACGAACCAUCUGUGCCGCCAGGCGCGCUCAAGUCUCCCGAUGAGGCCGACGAUGAGCUGAAGGAGCUGCCGCGCUCGGAGAGGGAUUACAACGCGGAGCUAUCGAGACCCAGUGCGUCCUCGAUCCGCAAGCCUAGUUUCUCUGCCGCCAGGACCAUUGGCAUCUCCAACCAGAUUGGGCUGCACAUCAUCCUGCCCUCUUCUGCAGCCAUGGCCACAGCGUCGGGCAGCCUGACGGACCUGGCGGGCUGUGUCGUGGACAUGUCUAUACCCACGUCGCAGGGCCACGCGUUCCCGGGGCUGGCCAUGCGCGAGAUCAAGAAGAGCCUGAUUGUGGCCGGCAGGGUCGCGGGGCCGGUCCACAUGACGGGCAUCAGCGACAGCAUCUUGGUGCUGGUGGCGCACCAGGUGCGUAUCCACGACUGCAAGAAUGUCGACAUUUACCUGCACUGCACCAGCCAUCCCAUCAUCGAGGACUGCUCGGGGAUGCGCUUUGCCCCCCUCCCCGCAUGCUAUAUGACGGACGCCGACAGGGCCGAAGAAAACCAAUGGAACCAGGUCGAUGACUUCAAGUGGCUCAAGGCUGGCCAUAGUCCCAACUGGACAACCAUGGGCGAGGCACAGGCUUUGAGCGACGAAAUCUGGACAAAGGUGGUGCCAGGGCGGCCUGGCGCGAGUGUCGACGAGACCUUGGCUAAGGUUGGGAUUUCGCCAAGAUGA